AUGGCGGAGUUUGUGAAUGCUGGCUACUGGCUUGCCGGUACCGACGACACGCUCCCGGCAUCGAACAUCGACGCUACACUUUUCACCCAUCUGUUUGUUGGUUACGCUCAACUCAACUCUGAUGCUCAUGAAGUCACCGUUGAUCCUUCACAGCUUAUUCUCAUCAAUCAGUUUUCUUCCACCGUGAAGCUGAGUAACCCUGAGGUCAAGACUCUGUUGUCCAUUGCAGGAGACACCGCUGUGUUCGCCACAAUGGCUGCAGAGCCUGCAAACCGUGAUGCCUUCAUCAAAUCCUCCAUUGCAGUGGCCAGAGGAGGUGGGUUUGAUGGCCUCGAUCUCCAAUGGCUAUACCCUUCUUCCCAGGAUGAAAUGGGGAACUUCAAAACUUUGAUCCAUUCGUGGCACCAAGCGGUGGUGGAUGAUGCCACCAGCUUAAGCCUUCCGCGGCUGCUCCUGGUGGCCACAGUCUCCAAUGUUCCGUAUCUUGAGAACAACAUUCAAUACCCAGGUGAAGCAAUUAACCAAAAUCUGGACUGGGUGAACAUCCUCUGUUAUGACUUUUACGCCCCAACUCUGUCAAGGAGUGCCACUGGACCAUCCUCUGCCUUCCACAAUCCAAAGGUCAAUACCUUUUCUGCAAGUUUUGGGAUCAGGUCAUGGGCUCAAAGCCUUCACAAUCCCAAGAAAAUUGUGUUUGGAAUUCCUUUCCAUGGGUGGGCUUGGAAACUUUUAAGCGCUCACCACCACGAAGUGUAUGCUAAAGCAGAUGGAGAAGCCAGCGGAGAAAAUAUUGACGGCCAAAUCUUCUACUCCGAUGUGCAGAAAUUUAUAGAGGACAAUCAGGCUGGUGUUGAGAACAAUGACAAGAGCUAUCUAAUUGCGUACACUUAUUCUGACACAACCUGGAUUGCCUAUGAGAGUGAAUACACCAUCGCCCACAAGAUUGCACUCGCAAAGGCCGACAAGGUUCUUGGUUACUUUGCUUUCAACAUUGCAGCUGAUGACGCUUCUAACACUCUUGCUAAUGCUGCCAAAUCCAAUUGGUGA